GUUGGGUCUUGCGGUUAGGACAACCUCUGCCACCAUCAUCCACCCAUAGCCUUGCCACACACGCUUCCAGCUUCUUUCACCUUCUUGCCGCCCUCUCGAGCCCGGACUUGCAUUUCAACCCGACCCCCAUUCUCCCUCCCCCCGUCACUUUACUGCCACCAGACACUUAAUCAUUGUAUAACUCCCCGUCGGGUUCUCUUCUCCAUCAUCCGAAACCCUACGUCAGGACCUCGGAUCGCCGUCGCGGUGGUAGUGUUCCCGUCUUGAUGGCUUCUUCCGAGGUUGACCAAAAGUUCCUUGGCAGACUGGCAAAGACUGUCGAGCCGGACAACCCACUCCUGGCCUCGAUUCUAUUCAGGAUAUUGGGGCUUUCGAUCAACCUGUCUUCCCAACUUGUCCGGGCGCGGAAGCAGCGGCGACUCGAUACGACCCGAGCCGAGUCUUUGGACUUGUACCUCCACAUCAUCUGGCUAUCUAGGGAAGGACUCUUACUCCUGGAGCAGUAUGUCAUACCUAUGGUUGGCAACUAUGUCGAGCUCAAAGUUCUGGCAUACAAGCUUCGUGCCUCCUUUUACCACAUCUUUGUCCAGUUCCACAACCAGCCGCCGGUGUCAUCGAUGGGCAUUUCGACCCCUGAAGCCCAGGCGACAGCGGCUGUCCCUGGGCUACCACCUGCACGUGUCGACAAGGGCAAGGGAGUCGCAAGGGAUGACGACAACGGGACAACUCACUCGACGCUGCAACCGACGCACACCUUGGAGGGCGGGCCAGUGGGUCCCCCGCCCGGAUUUGCACCUGAAGUCGCAGGUUCGUUUCUGUUCCCCGCUGUCGACUAUCUCCCGUUGGCGCACCAAUACUUCAAGGAAGCCGCCGCACUUGCCGACCAGCUUCUCUGGGGUUCGCACUCCCUCCGACUCUCCGUGAAGACGGAGUAUGCCGCAUUCCUCUACGAGUGCGUGCACGACGACAUAGCCAGUCGGAAACUCGCAAAGGAUAGCAUCGCUGCGGUCUACGAAGCCACAGAGGGAAUCGAUAACGACAUGUUCACCGACGCCUGUGAGCUUGUCACGGUCUUGGGGAAGAUGAUGAAACGCGGCCUCGGCUCUAACAACACAUUGCGAAGUCGUGGCCAAGGCUCCGGCUCGGGAUCGCAGGGCACGCCUCGCGCCGAGAAUGUCGCUUCCGGCGCAGGAGGCCCGCCCCCCGGGAUGAUAUGAGAGCGGCCAUCCUGAGAAGCUUUGCUCCCGUCCCAAGACCAUCCAAGUGUUCCCAAUCACACUGUUUCCGCGUCUGGCUCACUGCUCGAAUCAGAAGCCAAGACCGGCUCAGCAGACUAUUAACCGUCCUCCUCCGGACUCGGAACACAACCUCUAUCCUCCUAUCUCGCUCCGGCUCCGGCUCCGGCUCUUCCCAGCGAAUUCGAGAACUCAUCUCGACACCCAAUCCAGAAGGAAGUUCAUUUACCCUGUCCUCUAAUCG